AUGACUGUGCUGCAUUUUGCUGUUAUUGAAGAUAGCCUGGAAAUAGUAAAAUAUCUUGUUGAAAAUGGUGCUGAUGUAAGUAGUAGCGAAGGAACAAUUUUACGCGCUGCUCUCGAGACUGAUGGAAUAGAAAUGAUAACGUAUUGUGUGGAACGGGUUGCUGAUUCAACUCUCAAAAAUACUACUCUUGGCUCUAGUAUUUUGGAGAUAGCAAUUGUGAAGAAUUCAGUUGAUUUGGUCACUCUUCUGUUAAAAAAGAACGUCACUUUAUGGAAAGGUAAUGGAAAAAAUUUAAGCCCUCUUGAAUUGAGCAUCCACCUUGGUCAUGAUGAAAUUGCAAGUAUUCUUAAAAGGUCGACAAAACAUCGUGAGAAAAUUCAGGUGCUUGUUACAACGAAUUCCAACCAGUUAGAGAAGACUGAAAUUCCGAUAGAAGCUUUUGUCGCCGAAGGGCAAUUCAGAAUUGGCGAUGGUGGUUAUUCAUGUGUCUAUGUUGGUAUCAUGAAGGAUGGAAGUGAAGUUGCUGUUAAGACAAUGCUGGUGCAAAAGUGUUAUAAAGUAGCUGAAAACGAAAAGGAAAUCAUGCGUCUAAUGAGAACAGAAAACUCUCCAUUUAUAGUCAGCUAUCGACAUUUUCACAACGACGGGACAUUCAUGUAUCUUAUUGUAGAUCUUUGUGAAGAAACCUUGAGAGAAUUUGUUGAUUCGGAGACUAUUGAGCAGCUAAAAGACCACGGUCCACGGUUGAUCAAAGAAAUUCUAUCCGGACUUGAAUUUCUUCAUGAUAAAGGAAUAUUGCACAGAGAUCUAAAACCAUCAAACAUCCUGGUUGGUAUGGAUGGUCACAUGAAAUUGGCAGACUUUGGACUAAGCCGCAUUCUGAAGGAAGGCGAGACAACAGUUGAAACAUAUGCUAAAGGUUCUGAAGGAUGGAUACCACCUGAAGUAAUAGAAGCAGGAGAGAAAAAAGAAAAAGGUCCCUUCAAAAAGAAAUCGGAUGUUCAUGUCGCGGGUAUGAUUGCUUUCUACGUUUUAACUAAAGGUGAACACCCUUUCGGAUGCAGGUUAGAUCGAAUGAAAAAUAUUUUGAAAGGAAAGUCUGUGAAUUUGAAGAAACUUGGUGAUCGUAAAGCUCGAAAGUUUGUGUCGUGGCUGAUUAAUCACAAGAUUGAUAAAAGACCUUAUGCUGACGAAGCGCUGAGAGACUGUUUCGUCAAUGAAGACUAACAGAAUCCCAGAUACAGAUUAACAAAAGUUUUGAUGAAUUAUUAGAAGAUUAACGUUGAGCUAUGUCAAGGGAAGAGUUUUAUAAACCAGACUUUUUACAUAUGUUCUUUGUUUAGCCAAACUUGUACAAAAUUGAUAUUAUUCAUGAUCAACUGUAGAAACGUCCUUUCGUUCACAGCGUUCCCGUCGUGGACGAAUACUUGUGCUAGAGCUUUAGGCAAAUGAUUUAGAACCUUUUUAGAGUUUAGCGUUCUUAGUUCUUAGUUAAAUGAAAAAUGUACAUAUAUAUAUUGCAGCCAGCU